AUAUCAUCUUACAAGUAGAUACUUACCUCUACCACCUUAUUCACCAUAUUUUGCUGAUUUUGUGAAAGAAAAUUUUCCGCUGCUAAAUAGAAUUACUAGGGAAAUCAGGCUGCAAACAUAUUCUUCAAGAAGACACGGUACGAAAGACAUAAAUCAUUUUCAACCAUUUUCUCUUAACUGAAGUUUUGACAUUGCUCUGACAUUUUGCUACUUACCUAAAUAAUAUAAUCCUAACUAUCAUACUGGGUGUACAAUAUGAGCAAGAAGAAAAACAAAACUGAUGAAGAUAGAGAAACCACUGUUAUUGAAAUUGUAAAAGUUUCGGUCAAUUCUAAUCAGAAAACUUCAAAAUAUUGUGAAUACUUGGAAAGAAUUAAUGAACAACUGAGACAAGAAAUUAAACCACAAGUUGAUAAAUUGUCACUCUACGAAAAGCUGCUUACCGAAAAGGAUCAAAUAGUUCAUCAACUGACAAAUGAGAAGAAAGUUUCAAGAGCAAUAUUUCAGAAACCUGGCUUAACAAUAGGAUUCAAGAUAAUCUGUUGAAUAUUGAAGGGUAUUCAUUAUUUCGUAAAGAUAGAGGCAGCCGUGGUGGUGGAGUAGCCGUUUAUAUAAGAAAUGAUUUAAUUUGUGAGAAGUUAAAAAUCGAGGAAUACGUGC